AUAAAAAGUGUUUUAGAUUUGGAAUUUUUGAAUAAGGGGGCAAAUAAAUACCUCUAGUUAUUAGAGAUUCAAAUGUAGACAAACAAAAAAUGUCUCAUCAACAAGCUAUAAGCGAACUAGAGGCCGCGGCCCAAAUAAUAAUGGCACCACCGAAUCUCGUGUCCAACGAACAAAGACACUCGGCGGAAACUAUUUUUUUGAAUUUCAGGAAGAGCAAAAGACCCUACGAAAUAUGCCGACAGAUUUUGGAACAAUCUCAGAAUCAGUAUGUUAUGUUUGAGGCUGCAGAAGUCCUCAAGGAGGCUAUCAUUAGAGAAUGGUCGUUUUUAGUUGCAAGUGACCGGGCUUCAUUGAGGCAAUAUUUAAUGCAAUAUAUAACCACUCAUCAAGUACCCCAUUAUGUGCAAGAUAGGAUAUUGCAAGUUAUUUCUAUUAUGAUAAAACGUGCCAGUAUUGAUGAUCAAGGCAGAGAAAGGGGUACAAUUUUGCAGGAAGUUGAAAAUUUAAUAAUGAAUGCAGAACCAGAUAAGAAACUUCUUGGUUGCAACAUUAUAACAAAUCUAAUGCAAGAAUAUGCUAGUACAGUUAAGUCAACUGAUGUAGGAUUACCUUGGGAAAUCCAUUUCAGAGCUAAAAAACAAUUUGAAUCUACGGAUUUAAAAAGGGUCUUUCAAUUUUGUGUUUAUUUGCUAUCAGAAGUAGUUAAAAAUGAUUCAUCUUAUACUCCCAUUAUGGUGCAGCUUACCAGGCAUUUAUUACAAAUCACGGAAAGAGUUUUAACUUGGGGAUACGUGUCACCAAUUAAUAUCCUUUUUUUUUGUUUUAUUUAA